AUGAAUGGAGCAGCUGUCCGAACAACAAUCCAACGAGGGAUUGGCGCAACUGCUCGUCGUCAAAUCUUUCGGCAGAAGAGAAUACCUCUGACGCCGCAAGCUCCAUAUCAAUGUCGAAGUCUUUCGUCAACUCCUCCAUCAUCAUCAUCUUCUUCUUCUUCUGUUCCUGCCAAGACCCCCGAAGAGGAGGAGAAUCUUCCUGCUAUUCCCAUUGACUUUCAAGUGGCCGCCAACAUUGAAGGAGAAGAAUCCCAAAUUGCUACCAUCACCUUGAGGCCAGGCGAGACCUUGCGGGCCGAAGCCGGUGCCAUGUUGUACAUGACACAGGGCAUUGAAAUGUCCACCGAAUUGCACGGGGCUUCUCAGGCCUUUUCGCGCAUGAUGACGGGACAGAAUGUCUUUUUGACCGAGUUUCGAUAUCACGGACAAGACUCGGGAACCGUGGGAUUGGGAACCGACUUUCCCUCCAAAAUUGUGCGUCUGUCAUUACAAGAUUAUCCAGAUUCCACUAUCAUUUGUCAACGGGGAGCCUACUUGGCGAGUAAUCCGUCAAUAGAUAUUGAAAUGGCUUAUACGAAAAGACUGACCACGGGCUUCUUUGGAGGACAAGGAUUCAUUUUGCAAAAGCUCUUUGGGGAGGGAGAUGUACUCGUAAAAGCGGGCGGAACUCUUGUCACCAAGGAUCUGGAGGAAGGAGAAACGCUGCGAGCGACUUGCGGGAGCAUUGUUGGUUUUACUUCCACCAUUGAUUAUGACAUUGAAAUGAUGAAGGGAGUCAAGAAUGUCAUGUUUGGAGGCGAAGGGCUCUUUGUGGCAACGCUAAAAGGACCAGGACGAGUCUGGCUACAGGGAAUGCCACCGGAUCGAAUGAUUGGAGAGAUUGCCCGCCGUGUACCGGCCGGUGGAGUUGGACCCUUCAUUCCCAUUCCUGGUAUGGGCGGCGGUGGUGGUGGAGAAGCCGCUGGAGAUGCUGACGCAGGUACCGCAGGAGACGUUGCUGCGGGUGCUGCUGCAGGCGAAGCCUUGGGGGAUGCCACACCUGAAGAAAUGGUGGCGUCAACGGAUGCAGCCAUCGAUGCGGAUCGACAAGCGACCGUGGCAUCGUCUGGCGUUGAUUCCGAAUCGCCAUCGGCACUCUUUGGAGAUGCUGCGGGUGAUGAUGCUUCCAAUAGUACUUUGGGAUCCACCAACACCACGGAACCGGCAUCCUCGUCGACUUUUGGUGACGAUUCCUUUGCUUCGGAAACUAGCUUUGCCGACAGUGGUAGCAACGAAACCACGUUUGGUGACGAGCCCAUGUUUACCGAUGAUGACGCUACAAACUUUUCCGCCUCGGAUGAUUUUGGACAAUCAGGAGAAGAUUUUUUUGGCGGAGACAGUUCGCAAACAACGACAGAUGUCUUUGAUUCAGUAUCAGAAUCUGUCGAUCAAGAUACGGGAAGCGGUAUUAUCAGCACUCUUUGGGACAUGUUCAUGGGUGAUGACUAA